UUCCAAUUUCAAACUUUCAGAGGUUCUCCGUAAACACCCGCCCAUAUCACUGAUGAACCGUCACUGCGUUCAAGACUAUCACAUCCCAGGUACUGAUCACGUGAUAAGGAAGGGAGACGAGAUAGUCAUCCCGACAUCCAGCAUACAGAACGAUCCGGAAAACUUCCCGGAUCCGGAAGUGUUCAAUCCGGACAGAUUCCAGGAUCCGGACUCGAUCGGAAAGGGACGUUCCUGCCUUUCGGGAUGGGACCGCGAUUUUGUAUAGGUGAGUUUCUAUCUUUUAGAUACAUUUGUUGAAAGUGGAUUCGCUUACAAUUUUUGCUCAUAUUUUUCUCUCUUUUUUCCCGCCUUCUCCAUUUCUUCCCUUUUCCACUCCU